AUGUGCAAGUUGAGCAAUGCAAUCAUCUGUUUACGUUGCACUUUUACAACUAGCCUAUAAAACGGGAAUGCUUCAAAUUAAACCGUGGGCCUAUUUUUAAGAAGCGAGUUAAUAACCCGCACAAAUCGCCAAAGUUCUGUAGAAAAAUGUUGAGUUUCUGGACCUGCCUUGUGCUUAUUUCAUUGAUUAAACCUGUGGUGAACGUUCCUUUGCAAGAAGGGCUGCCGCUUGAAACACAAUUUGCGGUCUGCAAAGUGGUUACCAAAGAAAUCGAAGCGACGGCUAAAGCUACGAUAACGCGGCAGCUGAAAGGUGUUUGUUCUUCAAGUGAGGUCAACAGAAAAUUCGCGUAUCUUCAGCAAGAACUGCGAAAUAUUAAACACGCCUUGGAUUUGAUCUACGGUGAAAAUAUACGGUAUAAAAGUCUGGAAUUGGAUGCGACUACAGUUAGAGAAGCCUCAACAACUCAGUUACCAAUUGAGCCCCAUUUAGAAGAUGAUGCAGUUGAAAUGAACAGUCAAUUACAAAGUCCACAAGAGGAAAUUGCGAAUUUUAACGACACAAUAGUGGAAACUGACCAGGGCGAUUUGUAUUUCUACUACUGGAAACUGCAGGGCAUCAGCAAGAUUUUGCGAAAAACUGAUCUGUACAUUUCCAGCCCCCCAUUUUCGCUUCUAGGCCACACGAUUUUUCUGCAAUUUUAUCCAAACUAUGUCGGCGAACAGAUCGGAUUGCUGAUGAAACCUCAAAGCAGUUCGUUCUUAAAGAAGCACAAGUUUUACGUUUUAGGGCAAAUAAAUCAGCAUAGCCAAAUUGCUUCCCGCUUACUGUACGGAAUGAAAAACGAUGAAAAAAUGUUUAAGGUUGAAGCGCAAAUGUUGGACAGUUUCAUUUGGAGGGACAGUUUGUUAAUUAAAAUAGAAAUCCAGGUGAAUUCUUAGUGGGGAAUUUUACAAUAAAUUCAUCGCAUUUUGCAAAACAGGUAAAUGAGAGUGUUUAUUAAAUAGUUUAACUAAAGCUGAGUGUUUCUAGUUACCAAUCAGUCAGUUUUUUAAUUAAGUAAUAUAUUUAAGUUAAGAAUAAACCACAAAAAUUUGAAAGCAGUUACAAAGUGUUAAAAUAAAUUAAAUUAUUGUACGGCCUUAAUGUAACACAGCAAUUGCUUUGUUGAGUAGAUAUUUUGUAAAAAUAAGCCUUUUGCAAAAAUUGGCUGCAAAUAAAUGUUUGGUGUGGUAAAAACAUUACUUGCCAGCAAAACUAG